AUGGAUCCAAGUUUAAUUUACUCGUAUAUAAAAUUAAGAAAAGAUUUUGGACAUCAACCGAUGUUUAGCGAAGUAGCACCCGUGAUGCUGGAUUCCAUUAAUCCCAAUAAACAAGAACAACGCAAUUACUGCUUACGCAAUCCGGUACAUAAAGAAGUUCAAGCAUCUGCAACUGUGUCUGAAAAUUUCGCUAAUACCAAAAUAAUAAUUCGACAAGACACUGGAAUAAAUCACUACGAAGGUGGGUGGCCCAAAGAAAUUAAUUUCACAGAUGAGGAAGCGACUGCUAGAUACCGUCGCCGCUUUGAAAGAGAUGACACAUAUGUUGAUGCUGUUUUAAACCUUUAUCCCCAAUUUGAACACUACAUCAAUCAAAAUAAUGGACUUGGUAUAUAUAAUAUUUAUUUUAAAGAAAUGGAAAGUGAGAAUCCCGUUGAAAAACCAUCUAUUAUGAUAAAUAGUGUUUAUAAAGACCAACAAAAGCGACCUAUAAGUUGCAUUUCUUGGACCUAUGAGGAUAAAUCGAAGGUCGCUAUAUCGUAUUGCGAUAGAACAUUUCCAGAAUUUGAGCCUUUAAAUAGAGAUUAUCUGUGUUUUAUUUGGGAUAUUGAAAAUCCUAGCGAUCCAUAUACAUAUCUGUCUCCACCGACUGCAUGUUGGCAACUUGUAUGUUCACCCGCGUCUCCAAAUGUUUUCAUCGGUGGACUGGAAGAUGGGAAAGUGUGUGUUUUUGAUACUCGUGUUCAAUUUGAUCCCAUUCUUAUCAGUCCAGCGUAUAUAGCUCACAGAGAUCCCGUUAAUGCUUUAUUGUAUAUCCCAUCCCGUCUAAAUAUUGAAUUUUUCAGCGGCUCUACUGAUGGCAAAUGCAUGUGGUGGGACAUGAGAAAUAUAUCAUUUCCUAUUGAUAGUCUAAUAAUGUCUGUUCGUAUUCCACCUGGAGAUCAAAUAAGUUUAGCAAAUUCAGAAGGUGUAAGCUGUUUACAAUAUGAUAAAGCGUUUCCAACCAAGUUUUUGUGUGGCACUGAUUCUGGUCUGGUGAUAAGCGUAAAUAGAAAAGGCAAAACGUACCAAGAACUCAUGAGUGGCGUAUUUUAUGCGCAUGAUGGUCCAGUAAAAGCUGUUCAACGAAGUCCCUGUUCUUCUAAAUUUUUUAUAACAUGUGGAGAUUGGAGAGUGAAUGUUUGGAGUGACGAUUUAAUUUCAUCCCCUAUUAUUUCAGGAAUAAGGCAUAGAAAACAAAUUAACGACGUUGUAUGGGCGCCUCACAGAUUUUCAGGUUAUAUGUCGGUGGGUGAUGACGGUAAAUUUCGUUUUUGGGAUCUGUUGCGUAGGUAUCGAGAGCCAAUAGCUACAAUGCCAGUUUGUCAGGAUCGUUUAUUAAAAAUCAAGCCCCAUGAAGACGGUCGUUUGAUAGCGAUUGGAGAUGCAAAAGGAGUCUUACAUCUGUUAUCUUUAUCUGAGACAUUAGUCUCAUCAGGUGACGGAGAUAAACAAUUAAUGACACAAAGUUUUGAACGUGAAACUCGCAGAGAACGUAUUCUAGAGAACCGUGUAAAGGAAAUAAUGAUAAAAUUUAAAACUACAGAAGACCAAACUGAUGAACAAGAGAAAGAAGAAAUAGUCGAGGAAGACCCGUUUAAAUUGGUUGAAGAUGAAUAUCGACGCCUCGUUAUGGAAGAAAUGCGUCACACUGAGAUCAACACAGGACAUUCGUUCAGUAUGGAUGAUACUAUUAGAACCCGUUAA